GUCGAGCAAAGCAAAGGAGAAGAAGCAGAAGCGGUUGGAGGAGCGAGCAGCCAUGGAUGCCGUCUGUGCCAAAGUGGACGCAGCCAACAGGCUUGGCGACCCUUUAGAGGCUUUCCCCGUGUUCAAGAAAUACGAUCGGAAUGGGUUAAACGUCUCCAUUGAGUGUAAGCGAGUGUCUGGAUUGGAGGCAGCCACGGUGGACUGGGCUUUCGACCUGACCAAAACGAACAUGCAGACCAUGUAUGAGCAGAGUGAGUGGGGCUGGAAGGACCGAGAAAAGCGGGAGGAAAUGACAGAUGACCGAGCCUGGUACCUCAUUGCUUGGGAAAACAGUUCCGUCCCUGUUGCUUUUUCUCACUUCCGGUUCGACGUGGAGUGUGGGGAUGAAGUCCUGUACUGCUACGAAGUGCAGUUGGAAAGCAAGGUGCGGCGGAAAGGCCUGGGGAAGUUCCUCAUACAGAUUCUGCAGCUCGUGGCCAAUAGCACACAGAUGAAGAAGGUGAUGUUAACAGUAUUUAAGCACAAUCAUGGCGCCUACCAGUUCUUCAGAGAAGCGCUGCAAUUUGAAAUCGAUGACUCUUCCCCCAGCAUGUCAGGUUGCUGUGGGGAGGACUGCUCCUACGAGAUCCUGAGCCGGAGGACCAAGUUUGGGGACAGCCAGCAUUCCCAUGCUGAUCAUGGAUUUCUGAUACCUCCCACUCAAGGGGACCAAAAGGAACCCCCAGUGUAAAUCCCACAUAAGGUGAGUUCACUGCAUGUCUCCUUCCGGUCAUUGACCACCUGGCACCGAAUCCAUUUGGGCACUUGGUGCCACGCCCUCCUGUGCAGCCUCCCGGCCACUGCCCGGGCUGCCUGAGGCCAGCAGGGGGCUCUUGUCAGUGCUGAGCCCGUCAGUUCUCAACCCUCAGUCUUUCCCACUGACCCAGGCCACGGCGAUGGGAAACAGGCCUUUUCCGGGCUUGUUGUUGAUUGUUCGGGGCACAUUAAAAUAUUUUUAAAGAUUUUUCUUUUAGCUGUAUUCACUAUUUCAGGUUAUUUUUGUUGAUGUCAAAUGUGUAUAUGACGUGUAUGGUUUUUAACCCUUCCUGGGUUUUUUAGAGGAAACUUUGAAGUAUAUAUUUUUUCUUUAGCAACUUGUUAUCACUGGAAUCAAAGGGGAAAAGUGAUCUCUUUUUGCAUUGGUUGUAUUUGUAUGUCACAAAUAAAGGAUACUUUGUCAGCUGC